CUUCACCACUGUUUCCUUUGUGCAAUGGAUGGUGGGCAUCUGAGGAGCCUCCCACUUCUGCUUUUACGUGUGGCCGUACUACCAUGAGCAAUUCUACUCCAUCCACAGCUAAUGGCAACGAUAGCAGAAAAUAUAAAGGAGACCGAUCUCCCUGUGGCCCUUCCCGCGUCCUCCAUGUCCGCAAGGUUCCCAUUGAGGUCUCCGAGGCAGAGGUCAUCUCACUAGGAGUCCCAUUCGGAAAAGUCACUAACCUAUUGAUGCUUAAAGGGAAAAACCAAGCUUUCAUAGAAAUGGCUUCUGAAGAAGCAGCCAUCACCAUGGUCAACUAUUACACUGCCGCCACACCCCACAUCCGCAACCAGCCCGUCUACAUCCAGUACUCCAACCACCGUGAGCUCAAGACCGACAACUUGCCCAAUCAGGGGAGAGCUCAGGCAGCGCUCCAGGCCGUCAAUGCAGUGCAUUCUGGGAAUAUGACUCUUUCUGGGUCUGCGUCAGGCAGCGAUGGCACCCUGAUGCCUGGACAGAGUCCUGUCCUACGUAUUAUUGUAGAGAACCUCUUCUAUCCUGUCUCUCUGGAAGUGCUUCACCAGAUCUUCUCUAAGUUUGGAACAGUCCUGAAGAUCAUCACUUUCACCAAGAAUAACCAGUUCCAGGCCUUGCUACAAUAUGCAGAUCCCAUAAAUGCACACCAUGCCAAAGUGACUUUGGAUGGCCAGAACAUCUACAAUGCCUGCUGCACUCUGCGCGUGGAGUUUUCCAAGCUAACCAGUCUGAAUGUGAAAUACAACAAUGACAAGAGCAGGGACUUCACACGCCUGGAUCUGCCCUCAGGAGACGGCCAGCCCACGCUGGACCCCGCCAUGUCUGCUGCCUUUGGGGCUCCAGGGAUCAUCUCCUCGCCGUACGCCGGGGCAGCUGGCUUCGCACCGGCCAUUGGUUUCCCCCAGGCCCCAGGUCUGUCCAUGCAGACGAUGCCCGGUGCUCUAGGACCUCUAGUCCCCACCUCAGCAGUGGCCGGACGCAUGGCCAUCCAUGGAAUGGCCCCCACCGCGGUCCACUCUGUGCUCCUCGUCUCCAACCUCAACCCUGAAAGCAUAACACCUCACAGUCUCUUCAUCCUAUUCGGAGUCUAUGGAGAUGUGCACAGGGUUAAGAUUCUGUUCAAUAAGAAAGAGAAUGCCUUAGUACAGAUGGCCGAUGCCACACAGGCACAGCUUGCCAUGAGCCACCUAAACGGGCAGCGUCUCCAUGGUAAAGUCAUACGGGUGACCAUCUCAAAGCACCAGACGGUGCAGCUGCCCAGGGAGGGUCAGGAGGACCAGGGCCUGACCAAAGACUUCAGUGGGAGUCCACUACACCGCUUCAAAAAACCAGGCUCCAAGAACUUCCAGAACAUUUUCCCCCCAUCCGCCACUCUUCAUCUCUCCAACAUCCCCCCUUCCAUAACAGACGACAUUUUGAAAGACCUGUUUGCUAGCUCUGGAUACACAGUGAAGGCCUUCAAGUUUUUCCAAAAGGACCGUAAGAUGGCGUUGAUCCAGCUGGGAUCCGUCGAGGAAGCCAUCCAGGCCCUGAUCGACCUCCACAACCACGACCUGGGAGAGAACCACCACCUGCGAGUGUCUUUCUCCAAGUCCACCAUCUAGCAACUCCACCUGCUGACUCCUCAGGAGCUCUCCCCUCAGCAGUCUGACUUUUUAUUUAAGAGUGACACGGAGAGCCAGAGCAGCACGCCCAUAGAUAACCAUUAAUCUCAAAUCGGAUAGUUUAGACAUUUUGCAAAGAACGAAACAGAGACUACUACACGGCCCUCAGAAAGAGACUGAGGGC